UGACGCUGCGGGUCCUCCUUCUCUUCCCGCACAGGCGGAGUCAGGAGCGUGUGUCUGUCCACCCCCACCGCCUCCACCCCAGCUUCGACUUCGGCCACCAACUCCAGACACCUCAGCCCAGGUAUUUGGCUGAGGGCACUGACUGGGAUCUCAGUGUGGACGCUGGCCUGAGUCCUGCUCAGUUCCAGGUGCGGCCCAUCCCUCAACACUAUCAGCAUUACCUAGCGACUCCUCGGAUGCACCACUUCCCCCGGAACUCCUCCUCCACGCAGAUGGUCGUCCAUGAAAUCCGAAACUACCCUUACCCUCAGCUUCACUUCCUUGCUCUCCAGGGACUGAACCCCAGCAGGCACACCUCUGCUGUGCGAGAGAGCUACGAGGAGCUGCUGCAGCUCGAGGACAGGUUGGGAAAUGUGACCCGGGGAGCGGUGCAGAACACCAUUGAGAGGUUCACCUUCCCCCACAAGUACAAGAAGCGAAGACCCCAGGACGGCAAGGGCAAGAAGGAAGAGGGGGAGGAGUCAGACACAGAUGAGAAGUGCACAAUCUGUCUGUCUCUGCUGGAAGACGGAGAGGACGUGAGGCGCCUACCCUGUAUGCACCUCUUCCACCAACUGUGUGUGGAUCAGUGGCUCGCCAUGAGCAAGAAAUGCCCCAUCUGCCGAGUGGACAUUGAGACACAACUGGGAGCCGACAGCUGAGGGAGGAAUUAGCCAGUGGACACCCCGUUUUCCUUCACCAGGUCCCCCCACGGCCAUAGCCCUUGCAGCCAAACUUUGCCUUCUGAGCCAUUUGAAUUAGAGGAAAAGCCUCGAAGCACAUUGUGUGGAAAGAGGAGUCGGUGGUAUCCCUGCCGGUGGAAAGGAGGGUGGGGGAGGGCUCAGCCAUCCCGGUGGUGGCCGCCCUGGCGCCCGGUCCUCAUCCACCUGCGGCGCGGGAGGGAGGGAGCUGGCGGUGCCCGGAGCGGGGUGGGGGGGGCCGCGCUGCUGAGAAUCUAGCCGUGACCCUGAGGUCCCAGCUGACAGACCGGCCCCUCAGUCCUGUCCUUUGAAGGGUUGUACAUAUACCUCUCGACCACGUAGAAACCACGUAGGGGUCUCUAGCUAUUCCUGUGGAUGGCAGCCAGAGCAUGUUAGCUUCAGAAAAAUGUCGUGUGUGGUGCUCUCGUCAUCUGUGGUGGACAUGUCGCUGUUACCGAAUCCGCACCAAAUAUUUCUCAUUGAGUUUCUUGUUUUGGUGCCUGACUGAACCAACCAACGACAGCCCAAAUCUUCCCGUCUUUAUGAGAGAAGAGAAAAAAGGAAUCAAAGGUGAAAAAAAAAAA